AUGGCCGACGUUUCCGCUGAUGUCGAGAAAGCCGUAGCUCUUGUCAAGAGGCUGGCCAAGAAGGAGGGACAGCCCGUAGGGGAGCGGCACCUGGCGCAGAGGGAGCUGCAGCAGUGCAGCGGCCUGUUCUUCACGUUUGCGGGCGCCGUGCUGACAGUGGAGGGCGGCAGCGGCUUCGUGAUCGCCAAGCAGGGCCUGCAGGGCGGCACCUGGUCUGCGCCCCUGUUCAUCACGGUGUUUGCGGGCGGCGUGGGCCUGUCCCUGGGCUACAGCCAGAUCGACUCUGUGAUUGUACUGGACACUGAGGCGGCCGUGAAGCGGUACGCCGCCGCCCAGAACGACCUGGCGACCGACGUCGCGGCGGUGGGGCCCCUGAGCCACGUGGCGGGCCAGGACAGCGUGUCUCUGCUGACCCUCAGCGAGGAGACCUUCCCCUACUCGGUGUCCUCGGGCGCGCUGGUGGACCUGUCCUACAAGGGCAUGCGGUACCAGCUGGAUUCCUCCAAGAACAAGCAGCUGUACGGAGACCUGAGCGCCGAGGCCAUUCUGGGCAGCGACUCCACGCCCCCUCCGGCCUUCAGCGCGCUGUACGACCUGCUCAACAGCUACCUUACCACCGGCGUCAUGCCCGCCUGA